CCAAGAUAGUAAGUUGUAUUUACUCGUUGCUAUCUCAAACUCGUCGGUAAAUAUUUUGUUUAUUGUUGCUAAGUCGGUAAGCAUUCAAAAUCGUCGUCAAAGUACAUAUUUUGGCGUUCUAGAACAUUUUUUAGAUAUUUUAUUAAAAAAACUAACAAAAAUCAAUCGCGCAAAAAAUGUAAUAAGCAUCACGAACGUUAAAGACUUGCCGAUCUUAGACAAAACAAUUGUCUUCGAUCUGUAAAAUGUCCUUACCGUUCUUGAUGCUUAGUAUACUAUUUCAGAUUUAAAAUGAAAUCUACGAGGUUACUACUCGUAUUUAUUAUUCUCAUAUUAAUUUUUGUUGUCCAUGCUAAGGGCAACAUAUUUACACUGAAGAAUAAGACUAAUAUCUAUUGCAUAAACGAAGAAAUGGAAGGUUCCGGAGUUUUUGUUGAUCCAGUUGUUGAAACACCUGAGACGUUGCUUUUAUCAAAAAAUAAUAUAAAGUGGCUGUCUGAUGAUUGGGAAGUCAAAAAUGCAUCAAGCUUAAAUAUGGUUCAUGUUACAGACAAAAGAUGGAAUAAUUUUGCCAUAAAAUCGAAUUUCUAUUUUCAUUAUAAGUUACUUUCUUCUGUAUCUGUUUCUUUAUAUGCUAAAGAGAAAACUGAAAUAGAGAUUUUCGUGUACAAUAAUGAAGAGAGCAGAUACUAUCAUACAUCAGUUGAAGACAAACAGUGGUACCAUUUCACUGUCACUAUAAAAAAUAAUUAUGUUAAUAAUAUGAGAAAUAAUGAAAUAAUUGGAAAAUACGAUAAUUUUGUACCUACUGAUGUUGUUUUUAGAAGUAGAAAUGGAAACGUUUUUUUGAAAGAACAUUUAUACAAGUUGAGAUGGUCAAACAAAAUUAGUGAAGGACAACCAACAACUUUGACAAUUCCAUCAAAUAGAAUAUCGUGUCUACUUUUGUUUACAUCCUUAUGUAAUGAGUGUUAUUUGAAUAUUACUUAUCAAAAUUUAACAACAACAAUUAAUAGUAAUCUAUUAAAUGAAGGUGAAUCAGUCAUGAAGUGGCAAGUAAAUAAAACAAUCUUAAACUUUGAGAAAGAUGCUGAAAUACAUAUUCGUAGAGGAAGAUAUGGCAAGGAAAAUUUUGGGUAUUGGAUACUCGAUUACGAUAUUUGCGAGUCACCUAACAUGGUUUCUCGCCAAAUUAAUUCUUCAGAAGAAAAGUUGACUUGUAAGAGCUUAAAUCAAAAUAAAAACACCAAAAGAAACGUUACCACAAAUAACUGCCAACUUAGUUGUCAAAGUCUGCGCGGACUUAAUUUUCCUAUUUGCAAUGAUUUUACAAUAGGAUAUAACGCUAGAUGGAAUUGUUCUUGGGAUUCAUCUGAAAAUUUUUGCGAAAUUGGUUGUGACAUUGGAACUUUUGAACUUUCUUCUAACUGCACAUACAAUAAAACACAUAACAAAUAUCCUAGAAGUACAAGUACUAAAGCGGAAACUCCGAGAACUACAAUUAUUGUUAUUGUUGUUUUUUUUGUUAUUCUUAUUCUUUUUUUUUUCUUUUUUUUUAUUAUCAUUGCAUUUAUCAAGUGGUGGAGCUUUUUUCUUCCAAAGAAUCUCACGCAUGGAGUAUACUCGAACUGUACAGUAGUACAGUUAGGACAGUAGUAAAAUAAAUAAGCUACAAUCUUUUGACUGAUCAUCAUUUGUUUCUCUAUCUACUUGAAAACCGAUAAUUCCGAAUAAUGGAUUGUGGACAAGAUAUUUCACCACUCCAGUUACUCAUGUAACCUUUUUCAAAUAGAUGCUUGUAUUUGGUAAUUCUCACAUAAUCACCAACUUUGUACAUAUUUUCAGGCUUGAUUCUUUUAAAAUCUUUUUUUCUUGUACUCAUGAUAUUAUUAUAUACUUGUAAAACAUUAUCAGGAUUUACUUCAUUAGGGGCCAUUUUAAUAGUACGAUGAUAAGAAUUAUUCUAAGAAUGUACAAAUUCAGGUAAUACAUCAAUGUACUGCAUACUAUUUGAAUAUGUAAAAUAUUUAUACAUUUUUGUUUUUAAAGUUUUAUUAAAUCUUUCUAUUACAA